GUACUAAAUUAAUGUGGAUAAUACGUGAACCUCUCUUUGUGGUGACAUCACUUGAAACUGCAAUGCUGGCACUUUUAUAAGGCAGCCCACUCAACCAACCACUGGACAAUUAUGAGAUGAUCUCAGGAAGUAAAUUGAAAAGUUUUUGAAUAGAUAUUAAGAUUGAUAAUACAUAUCAGAGGUUGCACAUGGGGAAAUCAGUGUCAGAUGCACCCACAUCCAAGCCAUACCAGGGAGUGAGAGUCAAAGACCCUGUGAAGGAGUUGCUGCGUAGAAAAAGAGGAAAUGCUGCCAAAGCGGCACCCCCCACUGCUAUGGUGAUUUCUAGCAACACUUUGUCAUCAUACACACACGCAGGAGCUUCUAGUUUUGUAGAAGCCAACCAGACUGGUCUUAAUGAUUCAGUAGUAGAUGUCAGCGGGCUCUACACAGGAUGGCUCGCCCAGCCCACCAGCACAGCUGCUCUCCAGCCCAUUGGCCACUGGUCUUCUCCAGACUGCCAACAUCAUGACCCCUCCAGCACCACUGAUAUGUACGUCCAGCCCAUCUGUCCAAGUUACACUGUGGUGGGCCCUUCCUCCAUGCUGACUUUCACCCACACACCUCUCUUCACCAACCUGGGGACCAUGAGCACCUUCAACUCAACUCUGCCUCAGGAGGUCCCAGAUUCCUCCUUGACUUACAUUCCGUGGGCCCAGCCUUUAUCUACAAUCCCAAGCCCUGUCAUGCAGGCCCCGUCAAUACAACCAACCCUCUCGGCCACCCAGCUCUUCCCUGUGCCCCUGACCUUGCCAGUUGUCUCACCAGAACUGGAGCCUCAGCACAUGGAGCCUCCCCAGGCCACAGAGGGCACUCUGGCCCUUGAGAAGCUGCUGGAAGAAGAAGAUGAAGGCCACAAAGACACAUACAUCUGCAACCCUUCAUUGUUUUCAGAAGAUAUUUAAGAUAUUCAUUCAUUAACACAGAUUUGUGUGCAGCUUCUGUUAAUAUUUGGUCUGCUGAUGUGUAGCUAGAGGUGCAGAUGAAUUAGGUUCA